AUGAGUCGCGCUUCGAUUCUAAUCUUAUCGCUGUUGCUAAUUUCUCACUUGACUUCUGCCAAAAUUUUGUUGAUCGGGAAGAACAAAACCCUCUCCUUCGACGAUAUCCAAGCCAAUUUCACUCCGAUGAUUAAGAAAUCGGAUCAAUGCGGGGUGUUGUACGUAGCAGAGCCACUCAAUGCUUGCUCGGGUUUGGCUAACACGGUUAUUGUGGAAGAAGGAUCGACUGUUUCUCCUUCGUAUGUGUUGAUCAUCCGCGGUGGCUGUAGUUUUGAAGAUAAAAUUAGAAAUGCGCAGAAGGCUGGAUAUAAAGCUGCCAUUGUGUAUGACAAUGAAGAUUAUGGGUUCUUAGUUUCAAUGGCAGGAAAUCCCUCUGGUGUAACUAUUUAUGCCACGUUUGUUUCCAAAGCAACUGGGGAAGAACUCAAAGAGUAUGUGGGUCGUACCGAUAUGGAACUAUGUCUCAUGCCAAGCUUUGAGACUUCAGCUUGGUCAAUCAUGGCUAUCUCUUUCAUAUCUCUCCUCGCCAUGUCUGCUGUGCUCGCCACUUGCUUCUUUGUCCGUAGGCAUCGGGUAAGACGCCGGCGUAUUCGGGCUCAUGGUGACAGAGAAUGCCCUUGUAUGACCAUAAACUCUAUAAGACGCAUGCCUACUACCAUAUUUACUGGUGUUUGUGAAGAAGCAUCUACUUCUAUUUCAUGCGCUAUAUGCAUUGAGGACUAUAACAUUGGAGACAGGCUAAGGAUUCUACCUUGCCGUCACAAGUUCCACGUCGAAUGUGUUGAUGUGUGGCUUGGCCAAAGGAAAUCCUUUUGCCCGGUUUGCAAACGUGAUGCAAGAACCAUCCGCGUCGAUAUGCCCGCAUCAGAGCGCACACCCUUGCUUUCUCCUAGCUUGACCCCGAUGUCAUCUUUUCUCUCAUCAUCAUCCUCCGCAACCCCAUCACAGUCAUCUUAUGAUCUACCAGUAUACAUCAGACAAGAGUCUCCUUCAUCUUCCACCACAGUCCCUAUGUGUCUAUCUCACUCUCGCUCCCACACAAGCUUCCAAAAUGGGUCAUACCGUUCCCCGCCUAUACCGGUUAGCCGGAGUUCAGUAGAUCUCAGGAACGCUAAUUCCCAAAGAUCUUACAACUCUCCCCGCCAGGGUUCACUGUCUCGUUCCGUCUACUCAAGAUACACGCACAUACUUAGCCCUGGAAAUGCAUCAUCAAGUAGCUGGGUUGUUGGGUCGUCAAGGCAGCGCGAGCAUUCACUUCACCUAAGUGACUCGCGCAGGUCUCUCUCUCACUUUGCGUCUGCAGGGUCCCUACCAGGUUGCUAA